GCACUAGACUAGCCUAACAAAUGUCAUCUAAAGUAAUCAUAAAAAUUACUAAUGUACGCUGCUACCAUCAGAAGAAGUAUACAUCUUUUAAGGCCCGUGAGGCCCAUUCGGGUACCCAUUUAUCCUACUAGGAGGCUAUACUCAGUCGAACCCAGAACAUUAAAAGCGGCCACCCUCAAGCCGGCGGUUAACGAUUUUGCAAAGACCAGAUUGGUGAGUGGUCAAACAAACAUGAAGAUUGCCAUUACAGAAAGAGCCGGACAGAAACUAAGCCUGAUAGCAGAAAAAGACAACAAUCCAAACUCUGUGUUACUCAUAAAAGUGGAAAGUGGCGGGUGCCACGGAUUCCAGUAUGAUAUUAAAUUGACAGACUUAAAAGAAGAAUUGACGAACAAUCCCGAUUUGCUAGUAUUCAAGAGAUCAUCACCGCUGAACGCCCAGAUAGUCAUUGAUGAGAGCUCUCUCCAGAUCUUGCAAGACUCCAAACUUGACUAUACGACCGAACUUAUAGGGAGUCAAUUUAAAGUAGUUGAAUCUCCUUAUACCACAUCUGCGUGUGGAUGUGGUAGUUCGUUUGAUUUUGAUUUUGACAAGUUGGCACAGAAACAAGGAGAAAGCAUUUGAACAGGAGUAUAUGAUAUUUAAUGUAUACAGAAAAUAAGAAUAAGCAUUUAGACAGCUAAUAACUCUUUAAUCGAGUCAAUGGAUUUCGAAGCAAAAUAUCUAACAUCGGAGUCGUUAUCGUUAACCAAAAUAUCCAAGUUCUUCAACACAUUUUGUUCAAUAACAGGGCUAUCACCUUGCUUCCCAGCCAAUGUUUCGGAAAUGCGCAAAUAGCUUGUGGCCAAAUUGAAUCUGAUGUUUGGUACUUUGUCAUCAAUCAAGUCGUUCAAGAAAGGUAACACCUUUUCGGUUAUAAUUUGGUGGUCUAAUACAGGAAUCAACUCAUUCAAAGCAAACACACAAGUUAUUCUUAUAAUAAAGCUUGCAAAAUCAAUAUUAAUUUCAUCAUUAUCAUUAUCGUCAUGAAUUGUAUCAUCAUUGUUGUCAUUAUUGUUUAAUGUUGAACUGUGAGUGUUGUUCUUGAUCGAAACCAACUUAUCUAUGAUGUACUUGUCAGCCCAAGCCGAACCAAAAAUCUCUGUGAUCUUUCUCAAAUUCUUCACUGACGCUUCUCUUAUAGCAUACACAGAAUCCCAUAACCAUGACAAGCACAAGGUUAACAAUUCCUUGUUAAAGAAUUCUUCUCCUAGCUGGUCAGCCAACUUUGGAAUGUAUUCGAUGAUGGCCAAUCUGACUCUCCAUUUAGAAUCCUGGGCCAAUUCAGUGAUGGCAGGUAACAAACUGGUGGUUAACAAGUUUAUGCCGAUGGUUUCGUUUACUAUCGAUAAAUUCGAAAUGAUGUUCAAUCUCACAUCGGGAAAUUCAUCCUUCAACAUGUUGAGGAAAAUAGGUAAUAAUUUAUCAAUGGUGGAUUGUUUGGACAAAAUGGAUGACAACUCAGUAAUGUUUAAUGCCAAUGAACUUCUAACAUUUUCUUGAGGGUCUUGACUUAACUCGUUAACCACGGGCAAAAUCUUGUUUAAGAUGGUUGGUUUCAAGGCUUCGUAUUUGUUCAACAGUUUGCAGAAUGCUGGUAAUUGCUUAGCAAUGGCCUUUCUGACUUCUCCUUCAUUAUCCUUCAUCAAAGAAAUAAAAGGCUCAAUCAAUUUGGUCAAUUUGGCCUCUUCAUUACCAAAGUUCUCGGCAAUUCUGUUGAAUCUGUCUGC